AUGGCUGACGCAGGUGCUCCUCGUGGCGGCGCUGGUGGUGGUUUCGGCUCGCGCGGCGAUCGUGGCGGUGGGGAUCGCGGCCGUGGUGAUCGUGGACGUGGUCGUGGCCGUGGACGCGGUCGUGGCGCAAAGAGCGACGAGAAGGAGUGGCAGCCCGUCACCAAGCUCGGUCGUCUCGUGAAGGCUGGCAAGAUUAAGAGCAUGGAGGAGAUUUAUCUGCAUUCGCUUCCUAUCAAGGAGUAUCAGAUCGUGGAUUUCUUCCUGCCUAAGCUUAAGGAUGAGGUUAUGAAGAUCAAGCCUGUUCAGAAGCAGACUCGUGCUGGUCAGCGUACCCGCUUCAAGGCCAUUGUGGUCAUCGGUGAUGGUGAGGGCCACAUCGGGCUCGGCAUCAAGACCUCCAAGGAAGUCGCGACUGCCAUCCGCGCAGCUAUCAUCAUCGCUAAGCUCUCUGUUGUUCCUAUCCGUCGUGGUUACUGGGGUACCAACCUCGGUGAGCCCCACUCCAUUCCCGUCAAGGAGAGCGGCAAGUGUGGUUCCGUCACCGUCAGGCUCAUCCCUGCCCCGCGUGGUACUGGUCUGGUCGCCUCCCCGGCCGUCAAGCGCCUGUUGCAGUUGGCUGGUGUCAAUGACAUCUACACCGCCUCCUCCGGCUCGACCAAGACCCUCGAGAACACCCUCAAGGCUACCUUCGUCGCCAUCACCAACACCUACGCCUUCUUGACUCCCAACUUGUGGGCUGAGCGCAAGCUCAACCGUUCCCCACUUGAGGAGUACAGCGAUGUUCUCCGUGAGGGCAAGCGUUACUAG